GUGGCCAUCAGGAACGAGGUGGACGCCUACGCCCGCGACGUGUUCCUCGACGCGGAGCGCGCGGCCGGGCGGCCCGGGGUGGUGCCUCCGGCGGGCGCUGCCGUCUACUUCACGUUCGCGGGGCAGCUGUGGCCGCCGCGCUGGCUGUGGUGCCGGCUGGCCCCGCCGCGCCCGCGGCUGGACCGCCUGCUGGUGCCGCCCCAGUUGCGGCAGCAGCCGCACCGCUCGCCGUUGCUGGAGCUCCCGCAGUGGGUCUACGUCGAGACCACGACGACGGCCCGGCGCGGGGACCCUGUCACGAUGGACGGGACGGAGCUCGUCCGGGGGGCUAUCGGCCUGAAGCAGGACGCUGGCGGGAGCUGGUCGGCCAUCCGGCUGACCACGACCUCGCAGGCCGCCUACCGAGGCGCCGAGGCCCUCGCUGAUGCCCGCCUCCAGCCUGUGGCCCUGCUUAGUGACGGCUCGCGGCAGCGCGUGCAGUUCCACGAGAGUGUCGACAGGCUCCGCGAGGAGCCCUUCCCCGACUGGCCGCUGGACGGCCCAAGGACCACGCUAUGGUGCCUCCGCUUCUUGGACAGGAAGCGCGGAGGGGCCAUCGAGCACUUCCACCAGUUCGUGUCCUACUACCGGCUGUCCCGCGAUGACUUCGGGGUGACGCACUACGAGUCCAUCAUGCGGAUGGUCGACUACCUGAUGACGUGGGACCUCCUCGACUUGCCCAACGUGGUGGGCGUCGAGGUCAUGCUGCGGCAGGCGCAGCUGUACGAGUACAUGUACGCCAUGGAGUACGAGGCGAAGGGCAAGCCCAAGAGCCGGGGCGGCGGUGGCUUCUUGAAGUUCGGUUUCGUGGAUGAGGUGGGAGUCUUCACGGGCACGGCCCGCGAGGACGGCCGCAUGAUGGUGGCUCCGGCACUACUGGAGCACGUGGCCAAACAAGUGGAGCGCGACGCUGGAAUCCUUAAGCAGAUCAGGAAGGCUAAGGAAGAGCGCCGCGCUCUGGCUCCAUGA